UUGAGACACAGACAGCAAGAAAAGGGAGAGUAGAAGUGGGGGAGGGAGGGGUGAGACAGGAGUGUGUAUGAAAGAAGAGAAAAGGGAGAGUGAGACCCUCAUAAGUCUUCAGAAGUGCAAGGGAUCUCAUAACAGAAAAGAUCAGACGAGGCUGUGUCUGCACCACAGCUGAGAGGACGCGACACAGCAGAGGGUCUAGAAGAAACCCCCGUUAGAAAAACUGAGGAUAGAACUAACCUAAUAUGAUGGAUGUGGUCCUAACCAGACUGCGGGACUUCUCCUGCAAGACCUCCACCUUUGAUGACCGUGAACCAGCCGGACGGAGUCCAUGCAGGGACCCUUGGACGAGGACGGAUCCCCUCAGAGAGGAGUGCACAGCUGGAGGAGAAAGAAACAAAGUGGACAUUGAGAGUUCACUGGCCUGGCUGCGAAGAGAACUGAUGGAAAUGCGUUCCCAGGACCAAGCUCUGAUCCGGCAGCUGAUGGAGCUACACUCCGGCAUCCAGGAGCUCAAGCAGGAGUUGUCCGAGGAGGAGCAGGAGGAGGAAACAGACGAGGAGGAGGAGGAGGAGGGAAGCUGCUGGGACUCUGAGAGUGAACAAGGAAGCGGUAGCGUCUACUCAGGGGAGGCGGGCUUUUCUAUUUCCUUCCUGAAGAUGCCUCUGCCCCUUUACUCAGGGGUUUUAUCGAAGAGAACGCUAAGCAGGAGAAGCUCUGUGCCUUGAAAAUUCAACUCUGGUCACCUCACUCAUAUCCUCUAACACAGUAAACAAAGACACGGUGGAGCAUGAUGAAUAAAUCUGCAGUUUCCCACCAUUUUUUUUUUUUUACCAGUGGUGUCAUGUCAUGGCCUCACUAUGUUGAUGUGAUUUCAUUCUAAUGCCUUCAUUAGCUUACACUAUAUUCCUUGUCAUUUUUGUAACAAAAAUAUCACAUUGUUAUUUACAUAGAAAUACACUUAAUCACCCUUUGCUGAGAGUUAGCUGUCGGCUAGCUUUGUUUUGCAUAAAGACUGGAAACAGAGGGAAACAGCUAGCUUAACUCUGUCCAAAGGUUAAAAAAGUAUGUUUUUGCUUUGCAGUUUUUGUACGGAUUAAAUAAAUGAAAUAUAAUGUGUUAAAUAGUGAGGUUUAGUAUUGUCUGUAGGUGGAUUGUGUUGCCUUUGUGCAGAGCCAGGCUAGCUGUUUCCAAAUUAUUAGUCUUUAUGCUAAGCUAAGCUAACUGACAGAUGGCUGCCAUGCUUGACAGAAAGUGAGAGAGAGAAAGGAAUCCUUCCAUCAUCUAACUCUCAGCAAGAAAGAAAGCAGAAAGCUUUUCCAAAAUGUCCUAUUCCCUUAAGUUAGUAUUCGUGUUAAACAUUGACCCAAAGGCAUUGUUGUCGUCUUCGUGUAGUAUUGUGUAUCUGAAAGUGAGAGAAAGUUUUCUUCUCUAUGUAGACAAAUAAUAAUUCUUAGCAGCUUUGAAGACCGUUCAGACUGCCUGCUGAGUUGAUUUUUCAAACACUGUUUAUAUGUUAAAGUCUGAAUUCUCUUGUUUUUAAUGUAAAACUUUGAAAUAUGUGAACCUCUUACUGAGCACCGCAGCUCUGUGUGCAUGUGCUGGAGGCUCACUGACCUUUCACGACGGUAACUGUGCGCAGAAUGGAUUCAAUGCCACAGCAGGACAGCGUGGAGUUCAUUGCAUCUUUAUUAUGCACAUGCAGUGAUAAAACAUUCUGCUGACAGUGAGACAUUGUUAGUGAGAUCUUGUAGUUUUAAAUGUCUGAGGAAAAGAUUAUUAGAGUUAAGUAAGAACAAUGAACCAACCUGUAAAUCCAUGUUUAAAAUGGUAACUGUGGUUAAAUUGCUGAUAUAUAGAAAUAAUCUGUGAACUGUAUAAGAUAGAAUUGUUUGGGAUUGAGAUGUGGAUGUAUUUAUUAACCAUACCUGAACUUUUAGCAGUGUUUCAAACAGGUGCUGUACUGCAACAGUAUGCCAAAACAAUAAAGACAUGAAAAUAU